ACACAUCAACCAAAAUACUGGUCCCAAACCAAAAACCUUAAACCUUAAACCUUUCUCUUCGGUCUGUUUCACUCGGCAGAGUAUGUUCUUCCAUGGAGUAGAUGCAACUACUCGUGUACUAUACAUGUUUUCAUAUGUGCAAUGCUGUUGAGUUUCAAAUUCUGUGGUCGUAGCGUAUCCUCCUGCGUUCUUGAUGCCGAUCGUUAAAGGGUUCCGACGUUUUCAGUCAAAUAUUGUUUUUUCCAGAACUGUUGUUACUGAGAUAUCCAAUCUGGUGCCUGGGUCAAAUGUUCAGCAGUCUGGAAGGUCUUCUGUUGCUCCCUUUACUUCUAAGAGACCAAUUAAAAAGAAGGUAACUAGUGCUGAUCGAAAGGCGAUGCUGGAAUCCUUUGUGAGCAAGUAUAGAGCUAUGAAUAUGGGAAAAUUUCCGCCCCCUACAAGUGCACAGAAAGAAGUAGGUGGCAGCUACUAUUUAAUCAAAAAGAUGCUUCAGGAGAUGGAAUACAAUUUUAAAAUAUCUUCCUUGGAGAAAGGGAUUGGGAAGGAGAAUAAAAAGCAGACUAAAGGAGAAGAUACGGUAAGCAGUGAAAUAGCCAUUGAACCAUCUGGAAGUCAAGAGGUAUCAACCAGUCAAAUAACCACGGACCAACAGCUUUAUAAAGAUGCUUGGCCAGAAUCUGUCGGUAAUUUUGACACAAACUUUAAAUCGAAGGAGGUGCUUCAGCCAUCAACAAGCAGUGCCAACACUGGAAACAGCACUACAAGAGAUGAUACUAAUUAUAUUGCAAUGGAGGGUCAUGAUAGAAGAGGUCCAUGUCAUGAGAAGCCAGAGAAUAAUGUGAAAGAUGAUUCUCCCUUGGAAAAUUUUGGCUUCGAGGGUUCAGAGUCAAAAGUUGAACAGCAACAUGAUGGGAUGAGAAACAUCAUGAGGAAAAGGAGAGCACGAUGUGCGCCUUCCGCGCAUGGAUAUGGAGUGUCAUUACUCCUUUUUGGCCUCAUAUUUGGUGAAGGGAACUGAAAUGAAGACAGGAAAGAGGGAAAUGAAUUCGAGAAAGGGAGUAGCUUUCCUAGAAAGGCUUAGCAGCAACCAGAGUCAUGAGAGGUGUGACAGUGACCAGAUCUGAGUUGCACUUAGGUCAGAAUUGCACCAGAUGGUGGUGAUGCACCAUAGAAAUGUUUCAUUGGCGCCUGGGGUACCUUUCUGCAAGAGGGAAGUGUGCUUUGUAGCUUCUGCAAGUGGAACUUACACGAUGUGGGGUUUUGCAAUGGAGGUUGGAGAGGACAAUUUAUGAUUUCUGAGAUACGACUCUGUUACCAUGAUAUGUGUGUGUGUGUGUAUAUAUGUAUAUAUAGGGGUGAGAUCCAAAGAGAACCCAAAAGAAAAAGAAACGAAGAACCACGAUAAACGGAUGAAAAAGUAUAUCAAUAUGGAUGCCAAAUUAAAAAGUAUAAAAUUAUCGUCUAUCGUGUAAUUUGUUUCGCUCCAAUUUUGAUUAUAUUUUGCCGAUUUUCGAUUAAAAAGGGUGGUUGUAACCAUCUUUUUAAUCACAUCCAUCAUCUCAAUCCAACAUGGGUCCCUAUGUAGAUUAUUUG